CAUGUCCCGGGAGCCGGAGAUCAUGGAGGCGCAGGUGAUGUGGGAGCCCGACUCCAAGCGCAACACCCACAUGGACCAGUUCCGCGCCGCGGUGGCCGCCGCUUACGGCGUCCCCCUGGCCAACUACAAUGAACUGUACCAGUGGUCAGUGGAACACUACCCAGAUUUCUGGGCUGAAUUCGGGAAGUUCAGUGGUCUUACCUUCUCCCGCCUGUAUACUGAGGUGGUCGACUCUUCGAAAGGCAUUGCGGAUGUUCCCGAGUGGUUUAAAGACAGCCGGCUCAACUAUGCUGAAAACCUCCUCAAACACAAGGAGAACGAUAAAAUUGCCCUGUACGCUGCACAGGAAGGCAAAGAAGAGAUCCUGAAAGUGACUUUCGAAGAGCUCCGGCAACAUGUCGCUCUCUACGCCGCUGCCAUGAGGAAGAUGGGAGUGCAGACGGGAGACAGGGUUGUCGGUUAUUUGCCCAACGGGAUCCACGCAGUGGAAGCCAUGCUGGCGGCGGCGAGCAUCGGCGCCAUUUGGAGCGCAACGUCUCCCGACUUCGGUGUCAACGGUGUGUUGGACAGGUUUUCUCAAAUUCAGCCCAAGCUGAUCUUUUCCGUCGAAGCUGUCAUUUACAACGGGAAGAAGCACAAUCACCUGGAGAAGCUUCAGAGCGUCGUCAAGGGUCUACCUGAUCUAAAGAAAGUUGUGGUGAUUCCAUACGUGUCCUCCAAAGAAUCCAUAGACAUUUCCAAAAUUUCAAACAGCAUCUUCCUCGAAGACUUCCUCGGCGCAGGGAAAGGGGACCAACCCCCGCAGCUGGAGUUUGAGCAGCUUCCCUUCAGCCACCCCCUUUUCAUCAUGUACUCCUCUGGCACGACCGGCGCUCCCAAAUGCAUGGUCCACUCCGCAGGGGGUACCUUAAUCCAGCACCUGAAGGAGCACCUUCUUCACGGCAACAUGACGAGCAGUGACAUCAUCAUGUACUACACAACGACCGGUUGGAUGAUGUGGAAUUGGCUGGUGUCUGCUCUGGCUGUUGGCGCUUCCGUGGUUCUGUAUGACGGGUCGCCACUUGUGCCGUCCCCCAACGUCCUCUGGGAUCUGGUGGACCGGCUAGGAAUCACCAUCCUUGGCACAGGGGCCAAAUGGCUGGCUGUUCUAGAAGAGAAGAACCUGAAGCCCUGUGAAACUCAUAACCUCCAGACGCUCCACACCAUCCUGUCGACCGGCUCGCCUCUCAAGCCGCAGAGUUACGAGUACGUCUACGAGUGCAUUAAAAGCAGCGUCCUGCUGGGAUCCAUUUCGGGGGGUACCGAUAUAGUUUCAUGCUUCAUGGGCCAGAACGUGACCAUUCCAGUUUACAAAGGGGAAAUCCAGGCACGGAAUCUUGCAAUGGCUGUAGAAGCGUGGGAUGACGAAGGGAAACCAGUUUGGGGGGAAAGCGGUGAGCUGGUGUGCACCAAGCCCAUUCCCUGCCAGCCAACGCAUUUCUGGAAUGACGAGAACGGUACCAAAUACAGGAAGGCGUAUUUUUCAAAAUUCCCAGGCAUUUGGUCCCACGGCGACUAUUGCAAAAUCAACCCCAAGACGGGAGGCAUCGUCAUGCUUGGGCGCAGCGACGGCACGUUGAAUCCGAGCGGGGUGAGGUUUGGGAGUUCUGAGAUCUACAACAUAGUGGAAGCUUUUGAAGAGGUCUCAGACAGCCUGUGCAUCCCUCAGUACAGCAAGGACGGGGAAGAGAGAGUCAUCCUGUUCCUGAAAAUGGCCUCCAACCAGGUGUUCAGCCUGGAUCUUGUGCAACGGAUAAAGGAAGCCAUUCGCCUGGCGCUCUCUGCCAGGCACGUCCCUAGUCUUAUUCUGGAAACUGAAGGCAUUCCGUAUACAAUAAACGGGAAGAAAGUCGAAGUGGCCGUCAAGCAGAUCAUCGCCGGCAAAGAAGUCGAGCAGCGGGGCAUCUUCUCCAAUCCGGAGACGCUGGGCCUCUACCGAGAUAUCCCCGAGCUACGUGGCUACUGAAGCAGUCGGCCUUCCC